UGUUUGUGCUGUGGUCCGUAGUGUACACAGGGUGCGAAGAGCAGAUUGGUAGCCAGCUAGGAGGAUCUACCGAUAAUAGAUCGGGUAAAUGUGGUCAUGUUGCAGUUGCUGGCAUUAAGCUCGAGGAGCAUUGGCUGGAAUACCUACGUUUCAUGUGGCGGCCAGGAGAUCAACAGUGAAAAGACUUAAUCGCGCCGCCCAACACCACGGUUUCCCCCAAACAAAAAUGGGGUCUCUGUCUAUAAGCCGAAGGUAAAGUGACCUUAAAUAUCUUCAAACUGAUGGCAAAUCUCGCGAAUUACCAAGAAGACAAAGCCGCAAUGUUGUUGCUGGAAACGCAACAGCGGGCUGUAGGAACUAAACCUGCGACGGCAAACGGCGACACCUCUGUCGGGGAACCCCCUUCCGUACUGGAUUGCGUACAGCACUCCGACCAUCAGACGGGUGAACCGCAUCAACGCCAGCAGUGUCACGAAAACCACCUGGAGUCGCCGGCGAGAAACCGUGUUAACCGGGUACAUGAGGACUCGGCCCUGACUGCGAGCAACACAUACGCUACCUCAUCCUCCCCUGCUAUAGCUGUGAACGCCAGUUUCUCCGUGUCAGACGACAUCAGAAAGUGCGGCUACCUGAGAAAGCAGAAACAUGGCCAUAAGAGGUUUUUCGUCUUGCGGGCGUCGAGUCACCUGGGCCCCAGCAGACUUGAAUACUACGACAGCGAGAAGAAAUUUCGCAACACUCUUCGCUCCAGCUCCGCCAGCGCUUCUGCAGCCUCAUCUGGAGGACCUACCGUGACUGCAUCUCCCCCGAAACGGGUGAUAUAUCUUUAUCAGUGUUUCACUGUCAAUAAAAGGGCGGAUUCAAAGAAUAAGCAUCUUAUUGCUCUGUAUACUAAAGACGAAUACUUUGCAAUUGUCGCCGAAAACGAGCAGGAACAGGAGGAGUGGUACCAGGCGCUCAGUGAGCUGAUGAGUGAGGGAAAGAGAUGCAACCUGGAUGCGGAGGACAUUGAUGAUGGUUACGGUACUGUAACUCCAGGUACUGACUUUAAAGAAGUGUGGCAAGUGAAUGUUAAACCAAAGGGCUUGGGCCAGACUAAAAAUCUAACUGGUGUGUAUAGACUCUGCCUGUCUGCUAAGAGCCUCCACCUUGUAAAACUGAACUCUGAAACGCCUUGUGUGAACUUACAGCUGAUGAACAUCAGACGCUGUGGCCAUUCGGAGAGCUUCUUUUUUAUAGAAGUCGGCCGCUCUUCUUCGAUAGGACCUGGAGAGGUUUGGAUGCAGGUGGACGACUCUGUGGUGGCCCAAAACAUGCACGAAACCAUUCUGGAGACCAUGAAGGCACUUAAGGCUUAUGUUGAGUUCAGGCCUAGGAGUAAAAGUCAGUCAUCUAGCACCAACCCGAUGGGCUUCAUCACCACACGACGGCACCUGGGCAACCUUCCGCCCAGUCAGACGGGGCUCCAGCGGCGGUCUCGAACCGAAUCUGUGGUGGGAACUCCUCCCAGCAGGAAGAGCAGUGGAGCGAAUGGAUACAGAUUUCGGACCUCCAGUGAAGGAGAGAGCACCAUGAACCGCCCCUUUCGCUCUGUGACGGGUAGCCUCAUUCAUCUCAACACGGCGCGUGCUAACCUGAGCCGCCAGGAAAGUAGCAGUGGGGCUGGGGCCCGCUACAUUCGUGCCCCCCCGGGUUCCACCUAUCACGCUCGUUCGGCCUCGCUGCCUGUGUCACACUUUCCUUCAACCACCAGCCCGGUCAGCAUGUCAAGCAGCAGUGGGCAUGGCUCUGUGUCGGACACCAUCACACGCCCAUCCAGUGCAUCCAUUUGUGGAUCCCCUAGCGAUGGAGGUUUCAACUCUUCUGAUGAAUACGGCUCCAGCCCUGGAGAUUUUCGCUACUUCAGAGUACGUAGUAACACCCCUGACUCCCUUGGAAACACACCACCAAUACGCGAGGAGCACUGCCUCAGUGACUACAUGGCUAUGGGCUGGAAUCGCGAUGGGUCUGGAGCAAGCACAAGUGAGGCGGUCCGUGAUGAGAGCGCUGAUGAAGAUUCACGUACUGGCUCGCUAAGGAGGCGAACCCCCUCCUUCUCCAGGCAGGUUGGGGGCGCUAGUGCUGCUGGUGUGGCUGUGUAUCAAAAGAUGACCCAGACCACUUUCUCGCUGGACGAGGCUGGAAGUAGCUCUUGGGGUAGCAGUGCACAGACCGUCUCUACCUCCUCCUCCCUCUGCUCUGACUACAGCUCCAGUUCUGAACAUAGCCAGGACCGGCCCCCUAGCCAACGGCUAGCAGAUCCCUCCAAGGAUGAUGGGUACAUGCCCAUGAUGGCAGGAGUGCUGCCGUCCUCCAACAAUGCAGACUACAUGCCUAUGCAGCCAAAUAUCCCACGUGUCCAAAGUCCUGCUUUACCUGUCCCCCAUCACGUCGACUCACAAGGCUAUAUGAUGAUGCUCCCAGGUAGAAGUGGGUCUACUGAUUCCCCUGUCCCACCCAGUCCUGAAAGUAGCAGACGAGGAGAUGGACGGAGAGUCUCAAAUCGCCCCGAGAAUACAGAAUACAUGGAUAUGUCCCAAAACACAUCUACAGGUAAUGCACAAAAGUUUUCCACUGACAAUUACUACGCUUUGACCACUCCUGUGGUCCCCAAAUCUUACAGUCCAUAUUUCUCUCUCCCUCGCUCAUACAAAGCUCCAACCAGAGACCAGCUUGAUCACGCUGAUUACGUACCCAUGAGUUCCCCUGCCAAACCAAUUUACACCCAGCACACAUCCACCCCAGAUCGCAUUAGCAGGUACCCACCGUCUGAAGCCUCACUACAUAAUGGCUGCGCUGACCGGCCUGCGGUUCGGCCGAAUCGCCUACCGCUGGGAAGACGGAGUUUGCAAAGCGCUUUGCCGACAGGUGAAGUGGCAGUGCGUCCUUCUAGCCCUGGAGAAUACAUCAAUAUUGAAUUUGGGGAUCGGCCCGCAUAUCCUACCGGCUCAUUAUCUACUGAAGGCUCCCCCGCAAUCGGCGUCAGCAGGGAGCAACGCAAAUCCCCCCUGCCACAGGACUACAUGACCGUUGAGGUGGGUGGUCUCCCACCAAAAAGUCAAUCUCCUCGACCUUCUCUAGUAGCCCCCUGGAACCCUCCUACUUACAUCCGACCCUCCUCAUCCUCUCACUGCGGUGGACUUACAAUGGGUAAACCUGACGACUACACAGAAAUGUCUUUUGGAGAUGAAGAGGAAUGUAAGAGCCCUACAGCCAUGCUUGAGCACCUGUGUGUCCUGGAGCAGCAGUUUUUUCCUUUCAGCCCCCCGAGUGAGCCCAAAGUUGUCCGUGCUGAUCCUCAGGGCAGGCGGAGACAUAGCUCGGAGACCUUUAUCACAUCACCAGGUGCAUCAGGUGAAAGUGGCCUGGAUGCACAGUGUAGCACAGUGCCUAGCAACAGUCAGCAGGCGGGGCACAGUAAGUGUCAGAACUCUGCAUCUUUUGACACUGUUUGGAUGGACAGUGUGACAUCUGGCAGUGAGGUGACACCGGGAACCUCCUCGGAUAGACCCAAUUCCUCCUCUGUGAGGUCUGGAAGGACUCUACCUGCGGAACACCAGAAUGGCCUAAACUACAUUGCCCUAGACCUGAGAGAUGACCUCCGGGCUGGGAACGCUCACUCUCCAUCACCCAGUGUUACUCCCCCAGAGAACGGUGCCUACGCCAGCAUAGAUUUACUUACAGCAGCAUCUAGGUAAGAUUGAGAACUGUCCCAUCAGGCUCUUGCAACGAUGCCAGAUAUCGCGAUAGCCCCGAGCACAAAACCUCACACGACCCUGCGCUACAACAAAAAGGAUCCUGAGUCUUGUGUUAACUGACUUUCAUUUCUCAAUGUGCUGUCUUAGAGCGGCUCCGUCUUGUAUGAGUUCAUUGCGAUACGCAUCACAACAUUUUAUUCGCUGCAUCAAAAAAGGGAGAUCAGAGUCUGGACAGGUGCAUGCUGUUUACAAGCAUCACAAGAAUACAUUCAAACUGUAUUUAUUUGCCCAAAAAGAUUUCAGGUGCAAUGAAAGAUUUUAGUGUUGAUGUUUACGGUUUACUUAUGAGAGAAAACAUAUAUUGGUAUGGUACGGAGCGGAGAUAACCGUAUGGCAGUAGUGUCUUUUUUAUGAAUGUCUCAUUUAGGUCCUCAUUUUAUAUUUCACGCACAAUUUUGGGCCGUAAAAACCUCCUCUUUAUACUGUUAACACUGUUCGAUGUGUGCGAGUGCCAGGAUAGCGUUGAUGUUGCACCGGCUAUCCCCGCUCUCGCUGGCUAGAGCCCCAGGGCUGUUUUGCGGUGCCUUCUUGGUAUGUGGCGCAGCCCAAACAUAGGUCUUUCAUCUGUCUUACUCACUUUCGACCAUUGCAAAGCGCGCUGAAGUCAAAGAUAGAGAGGAAGGGGGGUAGAGGGCACUGAAAAAGAGGUAGGGUCUAUUCUGGGACUAUCCAGGAUGCCAGAUGAAAUCUGCUACAGUUGCUAAAAUGUCACCAGGGUGAGCAGAGAGUUGUUGAUUACAUAAUCCAAAUAAAUAUACAGUAGUUCUCAAGUUACUUUAUGGUACCCAACAAAAAAAACCUGUUUUUAGAGCCCUUCUGCCACUUGAUGUGAAUAAACAGCACAAUUCGCAGGUACAAAAAGUAUCCGUGUUAACUAUUAUGCAUGCUGUUGGCAAGUUUGAGGGCUGUACUUGUCCAGCUAACAAUCUGACUUUUUAAGCUUUUAGAAUAGAAUUUAAAAAAAGUCACAACAUUUCAUUUAUAUAUUUUGUGUAUAGUUAUUUUUUUAAAUUUGGUAUAACCAAUCAUCCGUGUUAAUUUGUUCUUUACCUCUCUCUUCUCAGUAUUGUAUAUGUGUCCAGUUUGGAUCAAGCAACUUGGUACAGAAAUGGUACAUGGUCUGUUUGUUUUCUGCAUUGAAAAAAUAUAAUAGAGAAGAGAGAUCAAAGAAUUGAUUCAUUUUAAGGUUGAACGGUUGCAUAAACAGCAGAAUAUUUUUAUAAAUACCCAUUUCUGCAAGUUGUUUAAAACAGCAGAUUUGAAUGUUAAUCUUAGGACAGAAACGAAACACAAUGGUACAAUUUUCAUUUCAAUGGUAUGAAAGUCAAUUUUAUUUCAGCUGUGAAAACUUUGCCCUAAAUUGUCCCAUAGUGGUUACAUUUUUACAGAGUAGUCUUUUGGACAUGUCAGCAAAAUAUUUGUAAGUGUGAGACUGACCUAUAAGAGUUACAUGGAAACAAAUUCAUGUCAAACAAAAGCUUUAAAUCAACCAGAUUGUUCUAAACACUUGUAUGUGAAAUCGAUAUUUUGCUUAUGUAUUUGAUCUUUUUUUUGCCACGAUUGUCAUUGAAUUACCAAAUUUUUAUUUGGAACUUGAUUCAAGUGAUUAAAUAGUACAGAUGUGCAGUGGUGCGGCAUUAACACGUUUUCCCCUUAUUUUUUGUUUUUAGUUUUAACAGCUUUGCUAAAAUGUUUCAAGAGGCAAUUUGUUUACUCUGCAUCAUUUCAAAAGCCAAGCGAUUGAAAGUUUGGGCAACCUCUUGCCUGUGUUGUCUUUUUGUAAUUUGUCAAACGUCUGACUGAUGUUUUGGUACGCUCGCGUUCUGUGCGCCAUUGUUUUUCAAGUCCAAGCUUGACAGUUGUCAAAAUUCAGGUUGGAUGUCAACCUUUCACAUAUCUGAGAAAUACAAAAAAGGAAACACUUUUAACAUCUUUUUAUGGCUGUGUCCAUGUGUACAUAUUGAUGCUUUAUUUUAUUUUUUCCUGCAGUUGAUUGACAUUUCCUUUUUCCUCUGGUGGGAAAGAGAGAGAGUGCCAGCAGGGAAAUCAUUCAAGCAUUGCUUAGUGUUUGUAUCUUUUUGUUUUUGCUUUCAAUAGAGCUAUUGCAAUAAAAAAAGUUCCUGUAA